GUGUCCUUAAAGACCCACUUUCAUUUAGCGUCUCUCACUCUGUAAAACUACAAAACCCAGAGGCUUCCGCGAUUCUAAUUUCUUUGCGCUGAUUGGUCCACUCAGAAUCCAAUCCGGUGGCGGAGACGUGUCUUGCAGACAGAGCAUCCUUCCGUCAUGGCGUCUGUUUGGGCUAAAUCCUUCGCUAACCUGCCGGCUGUGUCUGUUUUCCUCCUCCUGUUGCUAUGUCUGCCGCCCGGGGGAGGCCAAAAGAAGAAGGAGAACCUGCUGUCAGAGAAGGUUGACCAGAUGAUGGAGUGGUCUUCUCGGCGUUCAGUCGUCCGGAUGAACGGGGACAAGUUCCGUCGCUUCGUCAAGGCUCCACCAAGGAACUACUCUGUCAUCGUCAUGUUCACAGCUCUGCAGCCUCAAAGGCAAUGUUCUGUCUGUAGGCAGGCCAAUGAGGAGUACCAGGUCCUGGCAAACUCAUGGCGUUACUCAUCUGCAUUUUCAAACAAGCUCUUCUUCACAGUAGUGGACUAUGAUGAGGGAGCUGAUGUUUUCCAACAGCUUAAUAUGAACAGCGCUCCAACCUUCAUGCAUUUCCCGGCUAAAGGAAAGCCAAAGAGGGCCGAUACGUUUGAUCUGCAAAGGAUUGGUUUUGCUUCUGAGCAGCUGGCUAAGUGGAUUGCAGACCGCACAGAUGUCCAGAUUCGUGUCUUCCGUCCUCCUAAUUAUUCAGGGACUAUUGCUUUGGCUCUGUUAGUGUCUCUGGUUGGAGGGCUGCUCUAUCUGAGGAGGAACAACUUGGAGUUCAUAUACAACAAGACUGGAUGGGCCAUGGCUGCACUGUGUGUAGUUUUUGCAAUGACAUCUGGUCAGAUGUGGAAUCACAUUAGAGGUCCUCCCUACGCCCACAAAAACCCCCAGAAUGGACAAGUGAGUUAUAUUCAUGGAAGCAGUCAGGCUCAGUUUGUGGCUGAGUCUCACAUCAUCCUUCUCCUGAAUGCUGCAAUCACCAUGGGGAUGGUGCUGCUGAAUGAAGCUGCCACUUCCAAGGGGGAUGUUGGCAAGAGAAGAAUCAUCUGCCUGGUUGGCCUUGGCCUGGUGGUGUUCUUCUUCAGCUUCCUGCUCUCCAUUUUCAGGUCCAAGUAUCAUGGAUACCCAUACAGCUUUCUUAUUAAGUAAAAAAGGAGAAGAAAAGGUCAAAGUCAAGACGAAGAGGUGGUAGGUGUGAGAACAAGAGAAGAUACUUGAAGAGGAGGAAGCAGUGUGUGGUUUCUUUUUAUUUGUAUGUUCUUUUUUUAUCAACUGCUAUCAUCAACUCUGUAAGCAGAAUAGAAAGUAAAUUAUUCCUUCUUG